AUGGCUUUACAGCCAACAACUGCAACAAAUAUGACACAUGAGGCGGAAGGAAGUAUUAUCAUUGGAAUUGUGAUAGUGCACGAAAAGGAACAACAGGACAUUCCAAUGAUGGUUGCUGAUGCAAUUAAGAGAGUGUCACCUAAAGUCAAAGGAAUCACGGUAAAAGAGUACUAUAUUGAAUUCGAUCGUGAACGUAUCCAGCUUGGCGACAAUGAACAGUUUUGCGAUGCUCUUUUUCAAGGAAUUUCAGUAUUACUGGAUGUAACGUGGGUUGAAUCGAAAUACGUAUCAAGUGCUGCGGAAGAAUUCGAUAUUCCUUACUUUCACGUCGAUCUAUCUAUACAAACGUAUGUGAAGCUGAUGGAAAGUUUUCUACUGGAACGUGCAGGCAACGAUGUAGUGUACAUACUGCCAAACCUCCGAGAUGUAGAUGCAGCGAUAUAUCUACUCGUAACUGAUUCAUAUCUUCGAGCCAUCGUCUUCGGAGAGCUUGAUGAGGAUACAGUGGGAAGAAUAAAAGAUCUUCGUCCCUAUCCAUCCUUUUACGCGGUAGUAGCUGGAACGAUGGAAAUGAAUGCCAUCCUGCACAAAGCCAUCGAUGGCGGAUUAGUGCGUAAACCGGAAAAGUGGAAUUUGCUGUUCACCGAUUUGCAGACCGAGUCAUAUGCGCAUCUUGACACUUUCCAAGAAAUGCAUCGUUUGCUGUUGGACAGCAACACUUGCUGUAUUCUAUUGCGACACCUUCCUCCGUGUAUCUGCUCCGAUUCUUUCAAUCCAAUAAGCGCUCAUCUAGAGAAUGUGUUGGAAGUAGUUGUGGGAUGGUUGAUCGAGGGUCCAAUACCUUUGGUACGCGCAUCCAACUGUACGCCGGAACUAGAGCCAGAAUUCGCAGCCCGUGUAACUACAGCCCGGGAGGAACUGAUGAACCAGAUGGCCUUGAUGGAGCAAUUUUGGAUUGUGCAAGAAAACAGCCUAAUACGUCCAAAUCUUAAUCUCUCGAUUAUCAGUUCACUAACAAAUCAGACCAUUGGAAGCCUGGUGCAAGGCCAGCUAGUGAUGGCGAAAAACGAAACGCUACCAACUAGCAAAAGAUUUUUCCGCGUAGGAACGACGGAAUCUAUACCUUGGGCAUAUCGCAAGCGUGAUCCGACUGGCAAGAUUCUGCGCAAUCCAACUACCGGCGAACCUAUUUGGGAAGGGUACUGUAUCGAUUUCCUGCAUCAGCUGUCCGUGGUUAUGAACUUUGACUACGACCUCGUUUCCCCACGAAACGGUACCUUCGGGCAACGCAAUGCUGAUGGCAAAUGGGAUGGUCUUGUAGGUGAUUUGGUAGUGGGCGAGAUAGAUUUUGCCAUUGCCUCGCUCAAGAUGACCGCCGAACGGGAGGAAGUGGUCGAUUUUGUGGCGCCGUACUUCGAACAGACAGGCAUUCUGAUAGCAAUGCGCAAACCGGUCCGUGAAACGUCGUUGUUCAAGUUUAUGACCGUGCUGCGGCUCGAGGUUUGGUUGAGUAUUUUGUUAGCGAUCGUCGCAACUGCCGUCAUGCUUUGGCUGCUGGAUAAGUUUUCCCCGUAUAGUGCAAAAAACAACAAGGAUGCUUAUCCCUAUGAAUGCAGAAAUUUUACACUUAAAGAAAGCUUCUGGUUUGCGCUGACCUCCUUCACCCCGCAGGGUGGUGGCGAAGCACCGAAGGCUCUCUCUGGCAGAACGCUGGUCGCCGCUUACUGGCUGUUUGUGGUGCUUAUGCUGGCCACUUUUACAGCGAAUUUGGCCGCCUUUCUCACGGUUGAACGGAUGCAAACGCCUGUUCAAUCACUGGAGCAGCUAUCGCGCCAAAGCCGAAUCAAAUACACCGUCGUGAAAGAUUCCGAUACGCAUGACUACUUCCGUAACAUGAAAAACGCAGAAGAUGUAUUGUAUCAAAUGUGGCGCAACCUCACACUGUCUAGUGGCAACGAUCAAGCACAGUACCGCGUUUGGGACUAUCCUAUUAAGGAGCAGUACAUAAAUAUCCUUUCUGCUAUUGAAUCUGCCGAACCGGUAGCGACGGCAGCCGAUGGAUUUCAGCGCGUCAAUGAACAUCUCGAUGCUGACUUUGCGUUUAUACACGAUUCGGCCGAAAUCAGAUACGAAAUAUCGCGCAACUGUAACUUCACUGAGGUCGGUGAGGUGUUUGCUGAGCAGCCAUAUGGAAUAGCGGUACAGCAAGGCAGCCAUCUGCAGGACGAGUUAAGCUACUUCAUAUUGGAGCUUCAGAAAGAGCGCUACUUUGAGUCUCUCACGGCGAAGUUUUGGAACAACAGUGCCCGCAGUCAGUGUCCCAAUACCGACGACAGCGAAGGUAUCACAUUAGAAAGCUUGGGUGGUGUAUUCAUAGCGACGUUGGUCGGAUUAGCACUGGCAAUGAUCACACUUCUAGGCGAGGUGAUUUACUAUCGGCGCAAGGAGAACAGUCGAAACUUUAUAAAGGUAGCUCCUUUUGCCAGUGUGGACAAGCCGCUAGAAAGGCUCGACAAGCGCUUUGCACUGAAGGAAAAAUCGAUCGCCGCGGUAAAACAUCUGCUUGAUUUAGACACGCCGCCAGUUAAAGCUCGCGGCAGGCCAACGAAAAUCAACACGAAAAAAGAGAAACCAAUACCGAAAGAAAUUACGAUCGGCAGUAAGUUUGUACCUGCGGCAGAGAAACAGCAACAGCUCUCGUACAUUGCCAUCAUGCCCAGGAAUCCUAUACAUUAA